GUAUAGACAGCUGGAACUCCUAUUCCUGUGGAUUUUGGGACAGCUAACCUUGCGAUUACACAACAUGUAACCCCCCCCCAUCCUUGUCUGCACGACGUCUACCCCGACAAUUGCAUCUUCCGCCGCUCGAUUCCGUACAACCAACGAUCUUUGUUCAAUUUUGGCUUGUUCUGCCACAAUACUUCGUGCUGUGCCGUGUGCGUAUUUAGGAACCGGACCUUUCUUUAUUGCUAUCGCCUACACCAUUAGCACACUGAACAGGCCAGCGUCCUUCUCUUCCCUGCUCAUCCCGUCCAACGCUCGCCAGGCCACCCUUUGUGUUCAAGAUCCAUCAGUUAGCACAGCCCACCUGCAAAAUGGCGGGCGUUGAUAGCCUCCCGAACCCGCAGGCUGAAUGGCUAGCCCAGAGUGGCCUCGAGUCCCGGGUCCUCUUCCCUGCUGAUGCGGCCUAUGCUACCCGAAUCGACUCCUACUGGUGCAAUAGCGCCAAGUUGCGGCCGUCUUGCAUUGUUCAGCCACACUCGGCCUACGAGGUGUCUAGAGCGGUUACCGCCCUGGCAAAGACGAACCAGCCGUUCGCCGUGCGUGCUGGUGGCCACACCAAUUGGGCCGGAAGCAACAAUAUUGCCGACGGCGUCACUAUCGAUCUAGGUCUCCUCAACUCGACCCAGUAUGAUGAUACUAACCAGACAGCGCACCUGGGACCCGGAGGGAAGUGGAAAGAUGUCUACGCCGAGCUCGAGAGACAUGGCCGUACAGUCUCGGGAGGCCGAGAGGCAGAGGUCGGCGUAGGGGGUUUCCUGCUAGGUGGCGGAAACACGUUCUAUACGUCACGUUACGGGUGGGCCUGCGACAAUGUUGUCGCCUACGAGAUUGUCCUGGCGGAUGGGAGCAUCAUCACUGCUGAAGCAGGGGGCAGGCAUACCGACCUCUUCCGUGCCUUGAAAGGUGGAGGCAACAACUUCGGCAUCGUCACGCGUUUUACUAUGCGGACCAUACCUAGCGGCCCGAUCUGGGGCGGGCUGGCUCUUCAUCCUUUGGACGCUGUCCCUGCUGGUGUUGAUGCCCUGGUCGACUUCACGACCAACAAUGCAAGCGAUCCAUAUACCAAUAUGCAAUUCGUUGUUGGCCACCAACCCAGAUUUGGGGGGGGCGUUGGCAUUACCAUAGCAAAUAACAUGCUUGCUGUCGAGAAACCGCCGCUGCUCCAGAAGAGCUUGGCGUUGCCUGAAAUUAUGAACAAUUACAAGACCACCACGCUUCAGGAAGUUCUUACAUAUUCCUCGCUCCCACCCAACUACUACAACAUCUGGUUCACUCUGACUAUCAAGAAUGACGCCUCGAUUGUUCGCAAAGCCGCCGCGUUGCAUAAUGAAAUGGCGAAGGAGCUUCAGGCAGGCAUUCCAGACCAGGACUUCACCUCGCACGUCUCCUUUCAGCCAGUGCCGCGUCUAUUCGUGCAGCAGUCGCACGCUGCCAACAGCAGCGGCAAUGUUCUCGGCCUUGAGCAAAAUACCUACGAUGCUAUCCUAAUCCAGGCGUCCGCCAGUGUGCGUACCGCUGAGCUAGAGGCGUGGGCUCGUCCCAAGGUGUGCGCAUUAGUUGAUGAGGUGCGUACCUUCGCUAGUAGUAUCGAGGGCGGCGCCGUGCCGUGGGUGUACCUCAAUUACGCGCACUCUGGUCAGGAAGUUCUACAGAGCUACGGUCCAGAGAACGUAGGCAGGAUCCGGGAGGCAGCAUUAAAGUACGAUCCCGAAGGUGUCUUCCAACGCCUGUGUCCUGGGGGAUUCAAAAUUUCAGCUGUAAAAGACUAGUUUCUACACUGGCCUUCUUCGUUUCGAGACCUACGUGGAAGCAGGCCUUGAGGCUAGGAGCGUUUCGAUAAGGAAGGGUAGAGGGUAGAACCUCCGUAACCGAGCGUUUGCAGAUAUGAGAUGUGCUCGUCUAACUUCUUCACGACUUUUUGACUAGCAUGAACGAGCCUUACUCGGGGAUACUGUCUUUUCUGGCAUAUAAUACUGGCCUUGUAAUAUUAAUAUCACGCUCCCUGUCAUCCAACUUGAUAAUAUGCACCUUAUUACUUAUCA